UAAAGUCGUUUGAUCUGCCCAUACUAAUGUUCCAAAUGUUUAUGGAUACAAUCCUGCAGAGUAGAGCAACAUCGUGGUAGGAGUGAAAGUUCAGCUGCUCGGCCUGACAGACAAUCACUUCAAAUGGAAAUGGCCAGAACCUUUCCAGGAAUUUUUAAUAAAGGCAGAGGAAAGAGACGCUUUUCAGCAACAAAUGUUAUACCUGCCAAAAAGAUAAAGCCCCUUGAAGUGUCUUUCUACUUGCUACCAAAGCAGUAUGACAAAACUCCAAGUGAGAAAGAGAAACUGAUCCAUAUGCAGGCAGGACUGGGUCCAAGGACUGCUCAUCUGGAUGAGAGCACAACAUAUGAAGAGUUAUGUGAUGCCCUCAAAGUUAUAUAUCCAAAGCUGAGAUCAAUUACUGGUGGAUGGCUGCUAUAUAAAUCAGCAGGAGGAUGGGGUAGCCGAAAACUCUCUCUUGUGUCACCUGAUGACACUGGAUACACAGGCAGACUGUUAAAGUCUGCAGGUCGUGCAGGUCAAAAUCUGUUCAUAGUCCCCAUUCAAGAAGAACUUUCCACAAGUCCACUACAUCUAACUGAUGAAGCAUUCAGUAGCAUGGCGAAGGCCACAUGCCAAAAGUGUGGAGUAGCUGUUCCUCUACAGCUUCUUAAGGAUCACAUCAACUCUUGUUUAGUCAUUGAUGUUGAUGGUGACCAGCCUGAUAUGGAUGGCUGUCAUCCUGCUGAGAUAAAAUUGUAG